AUGAAGUCUUUGAGAUUGAAAUUUUUUACUUAAGUGAACUCUAUUGGCAAAAAAUUAAUUAGCACAUCGGAUUAUUUUGCUUUAUAACCACAACUAAGGAUAUAAAAACAAAAAAAGUUUUCUACAUUUGUAGGAGCAUUUAUUACAUGUUGUAUAAUCACAAUCUGUGUUAUUCAGCUUAUUUCAUAAAUUUAGGAUAUUUUUGCUAGAAAUCAUCCUAAUGUAAUCACUUCUGAAUUUCAAUUAUUCAAUACAGAUGUAUAUUUAAUGUUAAUGAAAGGAAUAUUAAUUGCAUCCCCAUAAUUAUACAGUUGCAAUAGCCUUAUUAGAUAGCAAGCUUUAACCCAUUUAAGGGUAAAACCAAUAUUUUAAUAUCUCGAUAAUGAACUGUAAAAGAUAAAGAUACCUAAACGAAACAAAUGGAUAGAGAAUAUCUAAAUUAGAGUAUUAUUAUUUACAUAUUUAGUUGCUAUUAUUACCAGGUCGAAGAAUGUAAAGAUGAACAUUUUCCAAAUGACUUCCAGCAACAAUAUUUUAAAAGUUUUAACAAAUCUGGAUUAUAUUGUGCAAAGAGUAAGGAUUGGAAUGAAAGACCGAUAAGACUUUAAGGAACUCCAUAAUCAGAUUUAUUUUAGUAUAUUGAUGUAUUUAUAUCAAAAUGCAAAAAUACGACUGAAUUUCAGAAUUGUUCGUCAAAUGAACAAAUAAAUUCAAAAUUAUCAGGUAACUAUUUGGUCAUACACACAUCUGAUAGUCUAACUAAGAUGUAGGAGUAUGAGAACUCAUUCGAAAAUAUCAUUUCUGCUUAAUAUUAUUUUUAUUCUGUCAGCAUCACUAAAACUAUGUUAUCAUAACUAAAAUUAAUAGAAGUCAUAUCAGAUGGAGGAUUACUUNAUUCUGUAAAAUAAAACUUAAUUAUUUUUUAAAAAUUAAUGAUAUAUUUAAUUAAUUAAUGA